UUAGAUGAGAAAAGUAAUUUUACUUCUAAACAUAUACCACCUGCAAGGUAGAUUCCUAGAGAGAGAGAAAGAGAGCACAGAGCAGCUCCAACGAGCCAGUAUUAAACCUGUCCUUCCUUCAUUUCUUCGAAUGAUCAAACCAUCUCCUACAAUUAAACCCUAGAUUUAUCUCUCUCUAUUAAAAUAUAUAUAUAUAUAUAUAUAUAUAACACUUACAUCCGCACACGAAAUAUCUUUUUCAUAUUUUCUGACGCCUUGUUCGAUCAUGACUCAAUCGGCAGUCUCUCAGGUCUCACUAACUGUUCCAAUUAAUGGUGAUUCAUCGCUCCGGAGAUCUGUGUUUAAGACAUCUAAUAUAAGCUUUCAUGAGAAAUCAUGGAUGUCUGCCCUGCCUUUGGACUUGAAAUUAAAUAAUGCACGAUCAAGAAAUCAGGGCAUAAUUUGCAUGUCAGUGCAACAAGCCAGCAAGUCCAAGGUCACAGUUUCACCUUUAGCACUCGAUGAUGUGAAAGAGCCUCCACUGAAUACAUACAAGCCCAAGGAACCUUAUACAGCAACCAUUGUUUCUGUUGAGAGGCUUGUAGGCCCAAAAGCUCCAGGAGAGACUUGUCAUAUUGUAAUUGAUCAUGGUGGCAAUGUUCCCUACUGGGAAGGACAAAGUUAUGGUGUAAUUCCUCCGGGUGAGAACCCUAAGAAACCAGGGAGUCCCCACAAUGUUCGUCUUUACUCAAUUGCAUCCACCAGGUAUGGAGACUCUUUUGAUGGCAAGACAGCCAGUUUGUGUGUUCGCCGUGCUAUCUAUUAUGAUCCUGAAACAGGAAAGGAAGACCCUUCGAAGAAUGGCAUAUGCAGCAAUUUCUUAUGCAACUCGAAGCCUGGAGACAAAGUUAAGAUCACAGGUCCUUCUGGCAAGAUAAUGCUAUUGCCUGAAGAUGAUCCAAAUGCCGUCCAUAUUAUGAUUGCAACUGGCACUGGCGUGGCUCCAUUCAGAGGCUACCUCCGUCGUAUGUUUAUGGAAUCCGUCCCUACAUUCAAAUUUGGUGGCCUAGCUUGGCUGUUCCUUGGGGUAGCUAACUCUGACAGUCUCCUCUAUGACGAUGAAUUCACCAAAUAUGUUCAGGACUACCCGGAAAACUUCCGGUAUGACAGAGCCCUUAGCCGAGAACAAAAGAACCGGACAGGGGGAAAGAUGUAUGUCCAAGAUAAGAUUGAAGAAUACAGUGGCGAAAUCUUCAAACUCCUUGAUAACGGGGCCCAUAUCUAUUUCUGUGGGCUCAGGGGGAUGAUGCCGGGGAUCCAAGACACACUGAAAAGGGUCGCAGAGCAAAGAGGGGAGAAUUGGGAAGAGAAGCUCUCACAACUCAAAAAGAACAGGCAAUGGCAUGUCGAAGUCUACUAAACAUUUACUUUAAGAAAACGGUGCAUCACUCCCUGUUUGUUCAUGUGAUGUUUGUUAUUGAUGUUAUGAGGAACUUGAUUAGCACUUGCUAUUCAUCUCUACAACUGUAUUAAUUAACAAAGACGACAAACUGUUCUCUUGUUCAAUACAAAUUGAAAACAAAGAGGACAAACUGUUCUCUUGUUCAAUACAAAUUGAAAACCUCCUUGGUAAUUCUUUUGAUUA